AUGCGGACCGUUACAAGUGAAAUAUUAGAAACACAAUACGUAUCGGUGUUUAGCCUUGUCCGUACAGCUUACGAAAUAAAAAGUUUUGCAAACUGUUCCUUUUUAUCGUUUUUCUCGCCAAUGGAUAAUCUACCAAGUGAGAUAACUGAAACAGCUUCGAUUCACGAUCCACUCGCCUCACAGUUGAUUCGUGAUUGUAUUCAAUUAGCUGUCGAUGGUUUUCUAUUUCAACACAUUACGCCUGAUGAUCAUUAUCAUCGAUUUAAACAAAAUUUUCCAUCAGCAGAGAAGUUGCUUGACAGAUUCAAACAGUCGACGUCACAACAAUAUUCUUCUUCUUAUCGUACACCUCUUCGAAAUCAAAAUCAAGUAAAUAAUACAUCAUCGAGUUAUAAUGUAUCGUUUCAACAGACACCUGAUAAUAUCAGUAACCAGCAACAUAUUCCACCUUUGGAUCUAUCAUCAUUAAAUCCGUUAGAACUAGUUACAGGAGAUAAUGGACAACAUCAAAAUAUUAGCGGUAGCGGAUUGACUAUUAAAACAAAAAAAACUGUUUAUAGUCCAAAAGAAUCUCAAUCUUUGUCAAGUUCAACAAAUCGUCGUCGUAGUGCAACAACAAAAUCUACGACUACUCCACCAUAUGAUCAACCUCAGAAACAACAGACUCACCAACGUCCACAAUCAGUUCAAGAGUCUUCAUCUUCUUCAUCUACCAUUCUUGCUCAGCAUCCACAUCUACAUGCUCAUUCUCGUUUACAACCAACACCUCUGUUUACACCGUCUCCAUCUGAUCAACGUUUAAUUAUAAAUCCAGCUGGUAUUGAUGAUAUAAAUUCAAAUUUAGAAAUAGAAGCACGAGAUAUUCAAGAACGAAUGUAUGCACAUCGAAAUAAACGUUCACGUCCACACGAUCUACAAUUGAUGUCAAUAAAAGAAAUUUUAGAUGAAAAAUCAGAUAUGCAACAAGAAUUAUUAAAAUUUGAAAAUAAAUAUUCAAAACCAAAAACAUCGGAACAAAAACGUAUUAUGAAACCGUUGUACGAUUAUUAUAGUCAAUUGAAACGACGAGUAGAAAAACAUCAUGCACAAUUACAACAACAAAAAAUUACCAAACAUUAG